AUGGCGCCAAAUGCGGUCGACUAUAUCGCCAUCCAGAACACCAUUUCCCGGUACUGCAUCGCGCUUGACACCAAGAAUUUUGACUUGUUGAAGCAGGUCUUCACCGAAGAUGUCGACACUGUGUAUCCUUUUGGCGGACAACGGAAGGGUGUCCAGCCAAUCAUUGAUGCCAUCUCGAAAAGGCUAAGUCCAGUGACACAUCAGCACGCGUUGACGACGCAACACAUCGAGAUCGCAGCAGAUGGCAAGUCUGCUGAGUCGACAACGUACUUCACGGGGAUUCAUUUUGGCAAAGGCAAGUGGGACGGAAAGGAAGUCACAGCUUGGGGUAAGUACGACGACCGCUUGACCUUGAUUGAGGGCAAGCAAUCACUUCCAGGAGCGAGCGGCCAAUGGUUCAUCAGCAGACGGGAGGUGAGCUUCUUCGGCAGACUGGGCGAGGAGGGCGUCAUGGAUGGCGAGUAG